GAGAAUCCUGGUUCAAAAGUUCACUGAACUAUUUGGUUUAAAGUCCUACAUUCCAGAGGAUCUUGUACUUCAUGAAAAUUCUGAGAAGACAGCUUUGAAAUCCGAAAUUAUGACCCUUCCAGUUCUCAUGAAGGAUGAAAAAAAGUACAGUGACUGUGUGGAUGUUUUGGAUCAAUUGGAGCAAUGGACAGAGGAUGUGUGCAAAGCUAGUGGCAUAUACAACUUUGAUCAAUCUCCAUCUACAGCUUCCCAUCCUAUUGUUCAGGUGCCCACACGCCCAGAUCAACCACGAUCACAUAUCCCACCAGUUGGUUCCCAAACUGAUCCUUUAGAAGGUGUGAAAAUUCCCUGUUUUGGUGAUGAGUUGACCCGAGUAAGGUUUGCUGGAGCACGAGAUCUUCGCUCUGGAUGCCAUACACCCAAACAACGACUGGAUCAUUUGUACCCGUAUCGCAUUGUUGGAUGGCAUGCUAAAAGAAGUUUCUUAAAGUCUGUCUUCAAAAGACUCUACAAGAACUCUGGAAGAGAAGCAGGUACCAUUAGAUACUUCCGAGAGGUACUCAACAGGAGAAAUGUUACAGUCGAUAUAAAACAUUAUGAAGACUGUGAGCAGCUGUUCAUGAGUGUUGGCAAUUGCUAUCUUGUUGAAGCAUUGCUAGAGUUCUUCAAGAUGGAAAAUGUAAACGAUUCUCCAAAGGAAAAUAAUCCAUUGCCUGAUCAAGAGGAUUUGAGUGAAGAAGAAAAAAAAACCCACCUAAUGACUGUCUUAGACAAGUUCUUGGAUGAGUAUGUUUUCCAAGACACUUCAUGCAGCGAUGUUGACAGUUUAGAGGAAAAUAUCUCAGACAACAACUCAUCAGAUGGCAUUUUUAAUUAUUCUGUCAAUCUUCUUCGAUCCUUCAUGGUUCUAUUUGAUUGCAAAGAUGCAGUGGCAUAUGGGAAUGGAGAACAUUUGGCAUUAAUCCAGAAACAGAUGUUGUAUUACUUCUCAUCUGUUUCUGGAUUUAAUGUAUAUGCAAUUGAAAUGCUAGUUACCACCAUCCAGAAUGAAGUUUUACUCUCACCUGCUGAGUCACAUCUGUGUAAAUGGGCUGCACUAGUCAACUGGAAAGGAGGUGGUGGUAAAAACAUUGAAAUAGACCUGUUGCAAGAGAACCGGAACAGGGACAUGAAGGGGCUAAUUAGUUUGAUGGGAGCAAACAAGACAGAGAAGGCCAUCGAAAGGAUGAGCAAGGCAGCUGGAGGAAUCCGUAAGAUUGUAGAUGUUUUUGAAAACCAAGCUUCCAUUAAACAAAAAUCAUCAGCUCACUCGCACAAGUCCUCAUUGGAAGAUGAAAAAAAAGUUCUUGCUGAUUUGCGCAAAUUGAAGCCAUUUUCGUAUGUUCAAGGAAGAUCACAUACAACAUUUGCUGGAAUUUCAUCAAACCCACUUUGUGCUUUUGAUGAAGAAAAGUUUUCUGAAUGGUUGAAAAGACAUCAAAAGAACAUUGCAUUACAUUUUCCUGUUGUUAGUGACUUAGAUUCUGACAGAGAGAAACUGAUGAACCAGAAGAAAAUCAGAACUCUUAAAAGGUAG